UCCUACGAUCUUCCCACUAAGGACUUCGAGUGAAGGAACUGAGAUGUGCAAAACGAUAUACUUUGUCGUUAUCAUGAACAUUAUCCCAUUACCUCAGGAGUUCAGGUCAAAAAACAGGUCCAUGAAUGUCACGCAGAGUGACAUCUGAAUUCAAUUUUAUCAGAAACUGUGACGUAACUAACACUCGUCUCAAAAGACCGGAUGAUCCUUGUUUUUCGUUAGUCUCGAAGACGCAGCGUGUGUUAGAGGCCCUCACAUUGGGCGUCUCGCCGUUUGCUUGUUCAUCCCUGUGUGCGUGCUCUGAAUCAGUGGACCCCAGUUUUUUUUUCCUGCAGAAGAGUUUCUUGUCCAAGGAGCUGCAAGCUUCCCAGGGUGCGAAGGCGAGGCACCGCGGCUGCUGCGAUGGCCGGCUGGCGGAGGCUGGUCGUGGCGGCGCUCCUGCAGCUGGCCUGUUCACGCGCCCUUCCUACAGAGAGCAAUUGCUAUGAAGAAGGGGAGCUAUCACUAGGAAGUGGAUAUUUCUACUGUUCAGAGCCACGUCUGAACUUCAAUGACACUUCAAAGAACCUGAUAAUGGACUUUCGCAACAAAAACAAAAAAAUGGUAUUCGGUCUCUCACUCAACAGAACAGCCGAUGCCUUCCACAUCAUUACUAUGAAAGAUAGUGAAACAAUUAACAGCACAAAAUUUGAUCUACGAAACUCUUCAAGUGAACUCCAUCUAAACAUCGACCGCUCAAGUGUGCACGCAAAGACUCACGGAACAUGGCGGAAGCUGGACAUUCCGGAGACAAACCAGAUCUUCUCCUUGUACAUUCGAAUUUUCAAUCCUCCUUUCUGCAUCACUUGCAACGGAGAAGACAUCUGGCAAAACGAGCGAGACACUUCUCAGAGCACUGAGCAAGGCGACGCUCAAUCCACCCAGAGCACUGAACAAGGCGACGCUCAAUCCACCCAGAGCACUGAACAAGGCAUGAAACAAUCCCCUGAGGCCACGGAACAAAGCGAGACAGAAAUGAUGCUAUGGUUGUCUCUCUCGCUGGCAAUGAUUGCUUUUCUUGCCAGCUCCAUCAUCUAACACAUAUGAAAACUCUGGAAUCAAGCAUGAAGACCAAUGAAUUGACUUGCUAGGACAGAAUUCCAUGAAUUCCAUGAAGCACAAAGGAACUAAGAGAUCCGUAUGUGGAUGCUCCCAUGUCCAUGCAAAGAGAAAAUGUAAAACCAGUGCCAUAUUGCUCAUAGGACGAGACAAACUAUUGCUGAAAGCCUGUGAUGGCUAAACCUCUGCAGUUUGGAAUCAAUCGUUCCGUACAUUUAUUCCACUGGAAAAUCUUUUGUAUGGAAAAUAAGUUAUGUUAAUGAUGAUGAAUUUAUAUGUUGAUUCUAUUUAUAAAAUUGACCUAAUCAAUUCUGAUUGUAGAGAUCUUGGAUAUUAUGUUGUUGUAUAAGUUAACACAUGUAGUUCUUUAAGGAGUAUGUUCAUAUGAGUUCAAAGAACAUAAAGAUAAUUUGGGUCACAUUUAUAAAAAUCCUUCCAUCUGCUCCUUAUUUCACUCGAAAGUGUGAUUUGAUUUGCUCUACUAUUCAUUUUAAAUGAUUUUCAGAGAGAAAUGCAAGUUUGCAAAAGGUCAAAAGUUUUCUUUUAAAAAAGAAACAAAAUGUUGCAUGUGAGUUGUGGAUAUCUAUCUCUUUUCUUCCUGUUGCAUAUACUGUAUUUGAAUUCCGGGAAAUUAGAACUGAUGGUUGUUGUUGUUUUUUUCUCCUUUGUAGGAAGGAGUACGUUUCUUAUCAAUAUGCUUACUCUGUGUAUUUACAUUAUGAUUUUGGUUUAAUUUCACUUCAUGUACUUUGUAAACCACUCAUGGCUUUGUUUAGCUUGUGAACCAUUGCUUAUAAUUGUAACAGUAUAGACGAAGAUUGUGUCUUCGAGGCGAUUGGAAUAAAGAUAGUUACUACA